CAGCUUCAGUUUAUUUAAUUUCAUUGCUCAAGUUACAUGAUUCUCACAAAAUUUAAUAAUAAUUUAAAUAUCUCAAUGGAUAAGUCAAAUUUUGUGGACGAAAAUCUAUUGAAACUAGCUGAACAGACGGAUUUUCGGUUCUUAAUUGUUGUAGUUGUUCAGUUUGUAGUUGAAAUGAUUAUAUUUUUGUUAAAUUAAAUCCAUUACAUCCCACUUUUCUCCAGCAUACAAUCAAAUUUUGUCUCAAGGUAAGUCAUCACAUUUUGCACUCUCUUCAUCAAAUCUUUAACUUACUGUCACAUUUCAUUUAUUUAAAUUCUCACAAAUUUCUCAAUUUAUCAACUAUUCUCACAAGUCUCAAUUGAAAUGAUCAUAAUAACAUUCAUGUGCAAUUUGAAUGUUAUCGCAAAUCCGACGAUUUGUUUCAUUCAACUUUCGUUGCUCUCAUUUUUUUGCUGUUCACAUUGCAGUGCAAAAACAAUCUCAGAUUUAUUUCAUCAGCUGCUCGUGCUGCAAGUGCACAUUUUGUGAUAAGAUUUGUAAAAUAUUUUUACGUGGUGGAAAAAUGAACAAAAUUAACUUCCAAAUCCGCAUCAUAUCCUUGAUGUUCUUCACAACCUACUGCUCAUGUCAGCAAUCCGUUAGCGAAAUCAAUCAACUCAUCAGAAAGCCAACAGGAUCUGAAAAUCUAGCAUCAGAUGUCAGGCAAUUUCCAGACUCGUAUUUUCUAGAUUUCCUCAAGAAACACGACUCGCCUGUAAAACAGCCGACAAUUGGAUCAAGUGAAGAGGGCUCACAAGUGCAAUUGAAAAAAAUUCUUACUGAAGGUGAAUUUUGUAAUGCAUUUUGUAAUCUAAAUUUAAUGAGAAAUCUAACAGAACGACUAGAGAAGAUGGAGAAUCGAAUGGUGGGUGAAGUUAGGAAAAUUAAUUUAAAGCUGAUGAGACUCGAGGACAAUUUGAAGAAUUUAACGAAUAAAAUUGAAGAUCUCAUCAAAAGUGGAAUGAAUAAUAUUAAGGAUGAGAUGAUAAGGAGCAUGAGGGAGAAUAUGAAUAGAAACUGAAUUUAUUGAUGAGUCUGCACUAUUUGUGAUUAUGAUUUUGACUGAGAUACAUGAAAUAUUUUAGUAUUUUGUAAUGUACAAAAAUAU